UGCGGCUUCUCUCUAUCUCGACGACAAACGACAAUGCCCUCGACCAAGGCCGUCGCCAUAGCCGUCACGGCGCUGGCUGCUUCUGGCAUCAACGCAAGCCUAUGCAAGCCGGAGACGACAACGACCACGCCAACCGAAACUCCGACCACCACCCCGACCCCAGCCUGCGACACGUACGGGGUUCUUGAUGACAUCCCCUCCGAGGUUACCGUCUGUGGCGCGUAUCCUGGCACUAUCACUGACGGGGUCGUCAUCUCCGACAGCCCGGCGUCGUCGUUCUCGGAUUGCGUCCAGAGAUGUGUCGAAUCUGACAAGUGUAAAAUAUUGUCCUACGAUUUCCCUGGCAGCGAAUAUUACUGCCGCCUCUACUCCGAGUAUACCCUCACGCCAGAGACGGAAUAUAACCAAUACUACGAGCGGCCAUGCCUUGGGUGUUCGCGAGGCCGUGGAGGGGGCCGCGGAGGUCGACGUCGCUAGAUGCUGUUGGCGUUGAUAUUUUUGGCAAUCAAAGUCAUGUCUUCUGCAAGGGGGGAGUUUUGGUCGGUUCAAGGAUGAUUCCCGAGUCUAUUUCUGUGUCUAACGCAUUUGGUCUGCAGCAGUGGUAGCUGGG